UAACAAUGAGAUUUCAGGACAGCACCUGUGGUCUCCGCAAAUCAGAGCUGAGGAUCCAGGAGUGGGACUCUGAGACUUGCCCUCCUUUGCGUCCCAGCAGGAUAUCAGUUCACCUGUAAAUUCAUCUUUAAGAUGAGAAAACAGACCUGGUUCAAGUAACUUGCCCAUGUGGAACGUAGAGGUCUCCUAACUCCUAGUUCACGGCUGUUUCCAUGACUCAGGUUGUUUCCAUGUCCUGGCUAUUGUAAAGACUGCUGCAGUGAAUAUUGGGAGGAUGAACAAUCAAUACAUACGUCGAGAAGUCUUCUGCUGUGAAACUUGUCAUGAGCUCAAAAGCUUCUGGGAGAAAGAAAUUAGCAAACAGACUGGUUACCGGGAACUGGAGGAAGAUCGUCAGGGAAGAAGUGCCCUGAGAAAGCUCAGAGAAGAAUGGAAGCAGAGACUGGAGAAAAGGCUGGGGAUGUUGGACAAUCCUGAUGGGAAGGAAAAGCAGGCAAACACUGUGGGCUGAGAGCUUCCUGCCUCAUCCACUUCAAAGAUAACAAGCCACCAAGGGCACUUUUCUAAGAGAAAAAACUAGCACCCAAAUUAUGUUGACUUACUAAGCAGGACACUCUCUAUUUGCUCUCGCAUUUGUGAGGGGAUUUACAUGUGAAACCUCCCCCAGUGCUAAUGAGAGUCUUUAUCCAACUCAAUCCUCCCUGCCACAGAGGACAGGAUGACCUCCAAAGGGAUAAGAAGCUCGGGUUAUCUAAUAUAAAAAUCUCUUUGAGUUAACAUGUAAUGUAAUUUAUUUCCACAUUUUCUUCUCAUGUAAAAAGUCUUGUUAUUUUAUCCAAGCUUACCAGGGGCAAUGACCUUGUUGGGAAACUGGCUUACCUAGAUCUUCUGGAAAAACAUAGUCAUACAAUCUGUUUUCCUGUUCUCCCUUUUUUGUGAAGACAGAAAUGCUACUGCUUACAGAAAGAAAGCUGUUAUUAUGAAAAGAAUAAUUUUUUAACAUUAUGGUUUGAAAAUGAACUGAACUAAAUUAUUUUCUCUUCAUAUAA